GAUAACUGCAAUACCGGCUGAUUCUGGGUGGUCUAUGUUUGCUGCUGCUAGACUGCAAUUACCCCAGCUUGAAGAUGACAAAAGAAAAAUUCUUGGAAGUCAAAUUGGCGAACUCAGAUCGCGGAAGUCGGGGGAGAAAAUUUUGCUAACAGACCGAAACGAACGAAAUUCAAGCUCCCAAUGCGGGUGUAGUCUCGAACUACCGUUUUUGAAGGGCAACGGGUGGAAAUCCGGGACUUGGCGCAACCAAGCAUCGUCACCUUAAGGCACAGCUCGAAGCAGAGUAGCUUCGAUGCAGCUGAACCCUUCUUGCUGUGGAGACCAACUUAUAGGACCCUCCCGAACAAGAAAACUUUUCAAUUUGGGCGAUUCCACCAGAUCUUUGGGUUGGCCUUUUUGCACUUGGAUUUGCUGCUCUUUUUCGGCAUCGCCUGGAACCGAUUGCAGCAAGCCUUCUGGGCACAUUUCUUCUUGGAAGCGUUGAUUGCUUUGGAACGUGCCAUCCAGGUGAAAUUCUCCGCCUCUGUUGGAAACGGCACUGGUAUUGAAUCCGGAACAAGUUUCCGUUCUUCGGGAUAAUAAAGAGAAAAAAACAACUCGAAAGCAAUUUAUACGGUAUAGAAAUAAACCAACCAGCUGAUAUUUGUUUACAUCGGGAAGCAUGUGCUGUCAAGAUUCAUGAUAGUAUUGGUGAGAGCAAGCAACACCGAAUAUUUUCAGAGUGUUCCACCGUCCACUUUAUGGUGCACUACCAGUGGACUACUCAUCCUGAAAACGAGCAUGAAAACAGCAAAAAGUGCACUACCGGUAGUGCCCCGGUGCACCACCUUUCGAAAACGAAUUCUCUAUAGGUCACAUCAUUCCAGACAUGUAUCAGCACCUCCUGCCGAAAAUUCCAGACUGGAUGCAUCACUUCGAAGUCACCGAAACUCGGAAAUACAAGAGUUAUACGAUUUACAAGAUAACAUCCAUUGUUUUUCCCCGGCACCUCCCAGAAGCGCUGACGAGUAUUACCCUAUGGAAGCGAUUCAGCGAUGUCAAACAGCUGUACAAAGAUUUGGCCCGGAAACAUCGGGAACGUCACUUGGCUGGGCGCGUUCCGGUGUUGACCGAGAAGACCUAUUUCAAACGGUUUGACGUAAAGGUGAUCGAACAACGGAAACGCUACAUUUUGGAACUGCUAACCUUUGCCGGACAGGAUCCGGUUCUUUUCCAAUCGUACCCGUUCGUGCGGUUCUUCGAGCGAGGUAUAUCACCGGAGGGCUCACCGGUCAAGGAUCGUGGAGUCGAUGGUGGGGGUGGAAGUAUUGCAGCGAUUUGCGAAGAUUUGGCCAUUCCCGUGCCCCAAGAUUUUGUGCUGAUCGAUCCGACUCGAGACGAUGGAGACGAAAGCGAAGAGAGCGGACCGGAGGAAGAUUAUGACGGUAGUAGCAGUGUUGCUGAGUCGAUCCGUACCGGAAGUGGGUCAAUGGUAGAUUCCAUGAUAUCACAUGCUUCUAGUGAACGGUCUGGGGGAGGAAUAGGAGGAGUGGUUGGGUUCAACGAAGUUGGGCGAAACGAUACGACGGGAGGCGAGAUUAUGCAGGAGAAGGACGAAUCUUUGGAUUAUAUUGUGGAGGCUGCGAUAAUUUUCAGCAAAGCCGCGGAAGCAGAGGCAAAUGGACGGUAUAAGGUGGCCUUCAAUGAAUAUAAGGCCGGUAUCGAUAGGCUGCUGCUGGGAUCUAAAAAUGACUCGAAUGCAACCAGGAAGAAAAUCGCCAAGGAAAAAACUUGUAAAUAUGUGACCCGCGCAGAGGAAAUUUACGAGAAGCAUCUGCUCCACCAGGAGGAUGACGAAAUUCUUCAGCUGAGCCCGAUCUCGGUAGACGAUCCAAGCUCCCCGAUUCAGCUAUUAGAGCGGCCUCUCAACUACCUGUCCCGAUACAAGGUGGUCCGGGUGCUAGAAGGACGCAUCAUGCAGGUCCAGGACGUAACCGAUCGGAAGUUUUACAUCAUGAAAAGUAUCCGAAAGCCACCAGGGGGAUUCUGCCAGGCCAUGUUUCUUCCACACGGUGUUCCCUACAUGGUACCACUAGUAGCUUACUUCCAAUCGGAAGUGAGCGUUUUUCUACUAAUGAAGCUGAUAUGUGGCGGGAAACUUUGGGAUUACAUCUGCAGGUAUAGAGGCCGAUCCAAUUACAGCGAAGUGGAGGAGCUUCCUGGAAGAGAAACGCUCGUUGAGGAAGCUCAAGCGGCAGAGAAUAAAAACGUCGACAUCUCAAAUGAAUCUGAUUCCAGUCAAACCACAGGGUACGAUUCUGGUUUUAUUGAUCUCGUUAACGAUUACAGUGGAAAGAUAAACGCAGAGGAGAUGGCAAACGGUAAGACUGAGCAAGUGCUCGAAGAUUUGGAAGAAGCAUCGGAAGCGGUCGAUAUUGAUGAAGUCGACUGUUGCCGAACGGAUCCGGAGGGAGAAGAAUCCAACGCCAGCGGUGUUGGAAGUAACGGUUACAUUCCAUCGUUCGAUGUACUCUCGAAAGACAUGGACGUUAAAGAUCUGGUUAGCUGUAGUCAACAGUUGCUGCGGGCAGUCUCUCAGACGCUUGAAGACUCGCAUCAGCAACCAUCACCGAAAAUGGAUGCUUUACUGCCGAUUGUUGUUAAUGGUGAGCGAUUGAACAAAAGCUCGGUUAUUCCUCCGAGGCCCCUACUAGACACUACUACUACUAGUCAGUUAGAAUUUAGAAAACCAAAUUCGAUCGAAAUCGAUCCCCUUCCGGAGGGAUGCAUCAAACAAUGGAUAAGUGAGUUGGUAAUUUCUGUCGAUAAUCUUCACUUCAAUGGAAUCAUUUGCGGUGAUCUCACGAUGGAUAAUCUGCUUCUUGGGCCUGAAGGGCAACUGAUGUUGACCUAUUUCUAUCGUAAGGAACGCUUUCCGAAUAUGACCACCUUGACGGCGGAGCUACGACCGGAAGCCGUGCAUCAGCUUUACGUCGCUCCGGAACGUCCUUUACAAGCAAGAUCCGAUUAUUGGUCCAUCGGAGUGAUACUGUUUGAAAUGCUUACGAGGAAAAGUUUUCUCUCGUGUCACCCGGCUGGAGUUUUCUGCUAUCACGAGAUCCAAUUUCCGGAAGGAGUUGUCAUUUCUGAGGAGGCGAAAGAUUUGCUUGAGGGGCUUUUACAACCACUUCCGGAGAAUCGUUUCGACUUCAAAGAGGUUAUCGCAAGUUCAUUCUUCCAUACAAUCGACUGGAGCGAAGUUAAACGACGGGGUCAGAUGUAGAGGUCGUUCGUUGACGUAACCUUCUUUCAUCACGUACUAUUAGCAGAAAGAAAUGCAAAGUAUGAGACAAGCUGUGCAACAAUAGCGAACCAAUAUUAUAACAACAUAUUAUACGUGUUAGUAUUAACGUGAAAUCUAAAAUACCGAUAGGUAACCCCUCUAGUGUGCGUUCGGAUUCAAUAAAUGUUUAUACAAAUUUAGAA